UCCCCUCGAGAGCCUCGCCACUCCCCUUCCCGGUCUCAGCCUCCAGCCUCUCCUGUCUUCGGUUCCCAACCAAGAAGACGAGGAGAAGCGACCCCGACGCCGGGAGAUCCUGCGAGGAGGGGGUCCAAGGUACCAUGGCGACGAGGAAGCGGUCCAGGAGCAGCGGCGCCACGUCGUCCGCGAUGCGGCGGACGACGAGCCUGUCGGAGCUCGCGCCACCGACGCGGGCGGCGAGAGGCCGCUCGGCGGCGGCGGCGACGGUGGCACCGCCGGUGGAAACGGGGGCAGGGGCGGGGUUGAGCGCUGCUCAGAGGCGGCACUCGUUGGACGGCUUCCCCGUGACGGAGACGGCGGCGUUCCUCAAGGCCUGCGGGCUCUGCAACCGCCGCCUCGGCCCCGGCCGCGACACCUUCAUAUACAUGGGUGAGGUGGCCUUCUGCAGCCAUGAGUGCAGGCAGCAGCAGAUGAACAUCGACGAGCUCAAGGAGAAGAAGCGCUUUACUCCGGCUGGCGGCGGCAGCGGUGUCUCAGACCAGUCCGGCAACAGCAGCACCAUAGCUGCCGCCUAGAAUCGUCAGAGGGGGCAAAAAAAAGGAGAAAAUUUUGGCACCCUUGUAGGGCCCAAAUCCAUUAUUUUCUAUCAACAUAUGUAUAUCCUAUAUUUGUGGAGUUAUUGUGUGUAUUGGUGGUUCAGGUUGUAACCCAAAAGGGGAGGGAAGGAUGUAGAGAUUGAAACUGGGCAUGCUAAAGUUUGCAAUAGGUUUGCAAUCCAUCUGUGGGGAUGUGUCUUUAUCACAAGGGACUGCUUUGAAUCCUGGUGCAAAUUAGGACUUCGGAUUUGGACCUACUUUGUUAAAUUUUCUCUACGAAGAACUUAAGUUCUCCUGAAUUGUUGGAAAA